AUGUGGAGUGAAGGUUUUGGUAGCAGGAUGACGGUGGCCAAGCUGCUGCUCUCCUCGUUCCUGCUACACACGCUCGUUGAAGCUUUUAAUCAACCUCCACGGUUUCAGAACUAUUUCUUCCAGUCGUACCUGCUAAUCUACGAGAACACACCAGUCGGUUCCUCCAUAACUCAGCUGAAGGCAGUGGAUCCCGAUGAAGAGCCACUUAUAUUUGGUGUGGUGGGAGAAGAGGCCUCAAGAUUCUUUGCUGUUCAGGAAACCACCGGUGUGGUUUGGCUCCGACAGCCACUCGACCGUGAGACCAAGUCAGAGAUUCAGGUUGUGUUUUCCGUCAGCGACAGUCAAGGGGUGGUGAAGGACACGGUGAACAUUCAGAUCGGGGACGUGAACGACAAUGCCCCGACAUUCUAUAAUCAGCCCUACACUGUGACCAUACCAGAGGACACUCCCGUUGGCACGUCCAUUUUAAUGGUGAAUGCCACAGAUCCGGAUCAGGGCACUGGUGGAAGUGUGCUCUUCUCCUUCCAGCCUCCUUCUCACUUCUUCAACAUCGACGGAGCCAGAGGAAUUGUCACAGUUAUAAGACGCCUGGAUUAUGAAACCACAACAGCCUACCAGCUCACUGUUAAUGCUACGGACCAGGACAAGCUUCGUCCACUUUCCAGUCUGGCUAACCUGGCCAUAACCAUCAGCGACGUUCAGGACAUGGACCCUAUCUUCACCAACUUGCCAUACAGCACCAAUGUAGAGGAGGAAGUACCACUGGGAUUCGAAGUCCGUAGGAUUACAGCGAUUGAUCAGGACCGGGGUCAACCUCGUGGCAUCGGAUACACCAUCAUAUCAGGAAACACCAACAGUGUGUUUGCUGUGGACUACAUCAGCGGAUCCUUGACGGUGAAUGGCCGCCUCGACCGAGAGAACCCGCUCUACGCUUCAGGAUUCACACUCACAGUUAAGGCUACAGAGCUGAACAAUGACCGAACACCCUCCUCUGCUACAGUUGUGACUACCUUCACCAUCCUUCUCAUAGACAAGAACGAUAACGCUCCCAAGUUCAACAGUUCUGAGUACCGGGUCAGCAUCACUGAGCUGGCUCAGGUUGGGUUUGCUUUACCUCUGCCUAUACAGGUGGAGGACAAGGAUGAGGGAGUGAAUAGCAUGUACGAGGUGAUCCUAAUGGGGAAUAACUCCAAUCACUUCACCAUAUCGCCCACGUCGGUGCAGGGUCGAGCUGAUAUCAGGGUGCGGGUGGCCGUGCCUCUGGAUUUCGAGACGAUCAGGAGCUACAGCUUUUCUCUGUACGCCAACGAGUCGGUGGCCGACCAUGUGGGCUUUGCUCGGGUCUUCAUCAACCUGAUCAAUGACAACGAUAAUAGACCCAUAUUCAGCCAGUCGCUCUAUAACAUCAGCUUACCAGAGAACACGCCGACUGGCACAACGCUCCUGAGGAUUCAGGCCACGGAUAAUGACUUUGGCACCUUCGGUGUGGUGCGCUACUACUUCAGCGAUGAACCUGACCAGUUCUCGCUGGAUUCUGAGACAGGCUGGGUGACGCUGAGCAACCGUCUGGAUUAUGAGCUGACACGCCGCUAUACUCUUACUGUACUGGCGCGGGAUGGAGGGGGAGAGGAAACGACAGGACGGCUCCGCGUCAACGUCAUAGACAUAAACGACAACCCGCCCGUCUUUCAGAAGGACUCAUACUCAGGUUCAUUGAUGGAAAAUCAACAAGUUGCUCAGCAAAUAGCCAGAGCAAGGGCAACCGAUGAAGACUCUGCUCCUAAUAACAUCUUGACCUACUCAAUCAUCCAGGCCUCACAUUUCCGCAGUUAUUUCAGCAUCACCAUGGUGGAGGGCUACGCAGUUAUAAUGGUGAACAGACCUCUGGAUUAUGAACAAGUUCCUGGUGGAAUGAUUUAUCUGACCCUGAUGGCCAGAGAUGGAGGGGAUCCGGCUCUAAACAGCACCGUACCUGUUACGUUAGAGCUAUUUGAUGAAAAUGACAACCCUCCUGAGUUCAGCCAGCCAUCGUAUAUUAUCCAAAUCUCAGAGAACAUGGUGGCAGGUGCGACUGUGUUAUUCGUGACAGCUACAGAUCUGGAUGCGUCCAGAGAGUUUGGGCAGGCCUCGCUCAUCUACUCGCUGCAGGGUCCCUCCGAGUUCAGACUCAACACUCGCUCAGGCGAGAUCACCACCACAGCUUUACUGGAUCGUGAGGUGAAGUCUGAGUACAUUCUGAUUGUGAGGGCUGUGGAUGGAGGGGUGGGACCUCUGCAGAAGACCGGCAUCGCCACGGUGAACAUCACCAUCCUGGACAUUAAUGACAACGCCCCUGUUUGGCAGGAUGAGCCAUACCUUGCUAACGUUGUGGAAAUGAGUCCAAUCAACACUGAUGUCAUCUCGGUGCUAGCCCAGGACCCUGAUAAUGGAGAGAAUGGAACAGUUGUGUACAGUAUCAGUCCAGCCAAUCCUUACUACAUUAUCAACAACAGAACUGGGAAGAUUCGUACCAGUGGUGCUGUGCUGGACAGAGAGAGCCUGGACCCACGAGCUGCCCAGUUUAUGAGGACCAUUGUCAUCUCAGCUACUGACCGUGGAAGGCCGCCACUGCGCUCCUCAGCCAGCACCACUGUCUACGUCAACCUGCUAGACCUGAACGACAAUGACCCCGCGUUCCUCAACCUACCGUUCAUCGCUGAGGUGCCUGAGGGAUUUCCAGUCGGUUCGUCUGUCUUUAGGGUGCAAGUGCAGGACCCAGACGAGGCAGAAAAUGGAGCGGUCAUGUUAUCACUGCAGAUAGGAAUACCACGUAUGGACUUCCGCCUCAACACCACCACAGGGGUUCUGUAUUCCACAGGGGUACUGGACCGUGAACAGAUCGGUCAGUACCAACUGCGACUGGUGGCAUUCGAUGCUGGGCAGUUCCCACGUACCUCCACCAGCACCCUGACCGUAAUGGUGCUGGAUGUGAACGACGAGACCCCAACAUUUUUCCCGCGCAUCCACAACGUGACUGUGUUGGAGAGCAUUCCACGUGAUUUUGUAGUUGUACGACUGAACUGCUCUGAUAACGAUGCUGGACUCAACGCUGAGCUCAGCUAUUUUAUUACAGGUGGAAAUCAGGACGGGAAGUUCAGUGUUGGUUUUAGGAAUGGUGUGGUGCGCACAGUUGUGGCUCUGGACCGGGAGACACAGGCCUCAUACACGCUAGUCAUUGAAGCAAUCGACAAUGGUCCAGCUGGGGACAGAAAGACGGGCACAGCUACCGUUUACGUGGAAGUGCUGGAUGUUAAUGACAACCGACCCAUCUUCCUUCAGAACGGCUAUGAGACCACCAUUCUUGAAAACAUACCAAGAGGAACCAGUAUAUUACAGGUCCAGGCCACGGAUGCUGAUGAGGGGGAAAAUGGCAAGGUUCUGUACAGAAUUCUCUCUGGUAACAGUGGUGGUCAGUUCAGUAUAGACCUUCAAUCUGGACUCAUCACUCGAGGACAACGGGUUUUGGACCGAGAGACCAGCAGUUCUCAUCUGCUGGAGGUGGAGGCCUAUAACAGCGACCAGGGUAGCAUGCGCAGCUCCGUUAGGGUGAUAGUGUAUGUGGAGGAUGUGAAUGAUGAGCGCCCAGCGUUCACCCAGCAGCAGUACAACAGGCUCGGCCUGCGAGAAACAGCAGGGAUCGGCACCUCUGUUACUGUGGUGCGAGCCACCGACCCCGACACAGGGGAUGGUGGCGCUGUAUCCUAUGCCUUGGUCUCAGGUUCAGAUCGUAAAUUUGAGGUGGACAUCAGCACCGGACUAGUGACCACCGUGGAUCAUCUGGAUUACGAGACCAAGACCAGCUACCUAAUUAAUGUUUCAGCCACAGAUCAAGCUCCGCCCUUCAAUCAGGCCUUCUGCACAGUCUACAUCACCCUGCUGAAUGAACUGGAUGAGCCUGUGAUCUUCAUGAUGGCAGGGUAUGACGUGUCCCUGAGAGAAAACAUAGCCCUAGGAACGGAGGUGGUCCAGGUGAAGGCUAGGUCAGCCGAUAACCUGAACCAGCUGUCGUAUCGGUUCGACCCAGAUACGUCACCUUCCGCUCUCGCCCUUUUCAAGAUCGACAGUGUCACGGGCCGCAUCACUGUGACGGGGCCUAUAGACCGAGAGAGGGGCGACUCUUAUACCCUCACUGUGGUUGCUGAUGAUGGCGGACCUAAAAGAGGAUCGACCGUGAAGGUGUCAAUCAUCAUCGUGGAUGAGAACGACAACAGCCCUCAGCUUGACCUCACUUCAGAUGUAUCAGUAAUUGUUCCAGAAGAUACACCCAUGGGUCGAAGAGUGGCUGUGGUGCUGGCACGGGAUAAAGAUGCUGAGAAGAAUGGACUGGUGAACUUUACACUGGCGGCAGGGAACAUGCGGGAUAUAUUUGAGAUCCGGACCAUUAACAACACGUUUGGAGAGGUUUAUGUAAACGCUCCCCUUGACCGAGAAGCUGUGGACCGCUACCUGCUCAAGGUGCGGGCUUCAGAUAAUGGCUCUCCACCUCGGUUCACAGAUCACUCCCUGACCGUGAACAUUUUGGAUGUGAACGAUAACACCCCUGUUGUCCAGAGCCCCUACGGCUACAACGUCAGCGUCAGUGAGAAUGUAGGUGGUGGUACAUCGGUCCUGCGUGUGGUAGCUACAGAUCGAGACAUCGGACCCAACGCCGUUCUGUCCUAUUACAUCACCGACGGAAACCAGGACUUGACGUUUCGCAUGGACCGCCUGAGUGGAGAGAUAGUGACCCGACCUUCACCCCCAGACAGAGAGAGACAGCAGCAAUACACACUCGCUGUCACGGUGGAGGAUGACGGAACUCCGCCCCUAUCUACCACCACCACGGUGCGUGUGCGUAUCAUUGACGAGAAUGACAACGCCCCCACUUUUGCAGCGAAAGAAUACGUGACCAUCCUCACAGAGGGUCCAGACACGGUAGGGGCUACCAUCGCUACGGUUACUGCCACAGAUCCUGACGAGGAAUUCAAUGGGACUCUGCGUUACGCCAUUGCAUUUGGCAAUUUGGCUCAAACCUUCAGCAUUAAUCCUGUUACGGGCCGAAUAACGGUGAUGAAAGAGCUGGAUUAUGAGAUCAGUAAUGGACGGUACACACUGGUGAUCACUGCAACUGACCAGUGCCCGAUACCCCAAUUCAGGUUGACAUCUAGUGCCACUGUGCUCGUGAACGUGAUAGACGUGAACGACGUUACUCCACAGUUUCCGAGACAGUUCGAAGGACCCUUCGAGAUCACAGAGGGCCAGCCGGGGCCUAGAGUCUGCACACUCAAAGCUACUGAUGAAGACUCGGGACUGAACGGAAAAGUGGAGUACAGCAUCACAGCCGGAGAUCCCAAAAAUGAGUUCAUAGUUUCUCCUGUGGAGGGGGAGCUGAGGGUGAGAAGAGAUAUUGAAUUGGACAGAGAGACGACGGCUUACUACAACAUUACUGUGAUUGCUAAAGACCUGGGAACACCAUCAUUCAGCAGCACGGUGGUGGUGGGCGUUGUGGUGUUGGACAUUAACGAUAACGACCCGGUGUUGAUGAACUUGCCAAUGAACACCAGCGUGAGUGAAGGAGCUCCUGUCCAGACCUCCAUCGCUCGGGUGAGGGGGCAGGAUGCCGACAGCGGACGCAACGCGCUCCUCACGUACAACAUCACGGCUGGAAACCCAGACGGAGCCUUCUACAUCAACGAAACAUCAGGAGUGGUUCAGGUGAACAGACCUUUGGAUCGAGAAAGAAUCUCUGAGUACACGCUGACUAUCACGGUCAAGGACAAUCCAGAGAAUCCACGCAUCGCCCGACGGGACUCAGAUGUGCUGGUGGUCACCAUUUUGGACGUGAACGACAACCCUCCUUACUUCAUGUCCUCAAGCUAUAGAGGAAUGAUUAGUGAGAAUUCCCCCACAGCUACCACAGUGUCAAUCAUGAAUGGACCAAUCAUAGCUGUGGAUAGAGACAUUGGAUCCAAUGCGGUAGUCAAAUACGGCCUAAUCGGACCAAGGGCGAAUCUGUUUGAUAUCAAUUCCACCACAGCUGUAGUAUCAGUACGUGAAGGUGCCGUCUUGGACCAUGAGGCCUUUUCUGAUCCUCGGGUGGAGUUGUUCCUGGUCAGUGAGGAUGUUGGCGGACUGAACACCAGCGUUCCUCUGACUAUAACCAUCCUUGACAGGAAUGACAAUCCUCCGGUGUUCAGUCCCUCCAGCUUCACCGUACGCCUCCCAGAAAACAGUCUCACAGGUGUGGUAGUGACCCAACUCAUGGCCACAGAUGCAGAUGCUGGUUCCAACAGCUGGCUGCAGUACCGCCUGGAAAGUGGAGCUCAGGACCGCUUUGUGGUUGAUGCCAUCUCUGGCGCCGUCCUUGUUGGCAAUUCUACCCUUGACCGCGAAGAACGCAGCUCGUACCGGAUGGUUGUCGUAGCCACAGACCGGGGUACACCCCCUCUCUCGGGCACGGCCACGCUGACGGUUGAGCUGGACGAUGUCAAUGACUCUCGGCCUCGCUUCCUUCAGCCGGUGCAGACGAUCAGUGUUAACGAGUCUACGCCGCCUGGUGUAGUAGUGGCCACGCUAGCUGCUGUAGAUCCGGACCGCCGACCACGUCUGGAGUACUACAUAAUCUCUGUGGAAGCAAAGGAUGAUGGGAAUAAUGCAGUGAGGGGACUGCAGGAUUCUUUUGGGAUUGACUUUCACACAGGUGCUGUAUUUGUCCGAAACCCUUUGAACAGGGAGCUGGUGGCUACUUUUGAGAUCAUAGUGUCUGUCCAUGACAACGCUAGUGACAUUAUUGAUAUGUCGGUCAGUGUGCCUAAUGCCAGAUUGACCAUUAGCGUGCUGGAUGUGAACGAUAAUGCUCCCCGUUUCCGUCCGUUUGGCGUCACCAAUUUCUCCGAGAGCAUACUGGAGGGUGCCCAGCCUGGAACUACAUUACUGUCAGUUUCCGCUGUCGAUCCAGACAAAGGUCCCAAUGGCCUGAUCUUUUAUGAGCUGUUGAAUCUGCCCCGAGGGGGCUACAUCAGACUGGAAGACCCGUCCACUGGUAAGAUUAUAGCCAAUCGUACAGUGGACUAUGAGGAGGUUCAGUGGCUGAACUUUACAGUACGCGUUCAGGAUCGGGGCAACCCACCACUCUUCUCUGAACUUCCUGUUUAUCUACGCAUUGUCGACGUCAACGAUAACAACCCUGUUUUUAGGCAGCCUUCAUACCAGAAGCAGGUAUUUGAGAACGAAGCCUUAGGCACCAUCAUCGUACAAGUGAAUGCUGCAGACGCAGACUCUGGACUCUUUGCUGUUAUUGAGUAUGGACUGGUCGAUGGAGAGGGCAAGUUUGGAAUCAAACCCUCUACGGGUGAGAUUUACAUUUUGUCUCCACUGGACCGAGAGACUAAAGACCGCUACACGCUGACGGCUGUGGCCAGGGACAAUCCCAGUGGCAGUCCCAACAACCGACGGGAAAAUUCAGUUCAGGUCUUGGUCACGGUGCUGGAUGUGAAUGAUUUCCGGCCGCGGUUUUCUGAGAGAGUGUACAGCACCACUGUGUUUGAGAACAAACCUACUGGGACAUCUGUGAUUACUGUGACAGCUACAGACCUAGACGAGGGGGAAAACGCCCUCCUCACCUACAGCCUACAGGGACCUGGUGCAGAUGCUUUCUCCUUGGAUCCCAACACAGGUCUGAUCCACUCUCUGCGCUUGCUGCACAGUUUUGAGAGGUUUAAUCUGACUAUAAUAGCGACAGAUCACGGAAAGCCUCCUCUCUGGGGUACCACACUUCUUCAAAUCAAUGUCAUCGACGUUAACGACAACAGACCGCUCUUUGUUAGACCUGCUAAUGGUACUAUCAUGCACAUCCUGGAGGAGCAGCCUCCAGGCCUUUUAGUGUACGAGGUGUUUGCGACGGAUGAGGAUGAGGGUGUGAAUGGAGAGGUACGCUACAGUUUCCUGCAGACCGGCGCUGGGAACAGAGACUGGGAGAACUUCCGUAUUGACGCUCUUACUGGUGUCAUUACUACAGCCGUCAAACUGGACAGAGAGAAGCAAGCGCUGUACAGCCUGAUUGUAGUAGCGUAUGACCUGGGACAGCCAGUACCGUACGAGACGACGCAGCCGCUGCAGGUAGCUCUGUCUGAUAUCGACGACAACGAGCCUGUCUUCCUUAAACCACCGAGAGGUGGACCUUUGUUCCAGUCCCUGUCCGUGCCCGAGCACUCAUCCCCUGGUACUGUGGUGGGUAACGUUACAGGAGCAGUUGAUGCAGAUGAAGGCUCCAAUGCUGUGGUUUACUACUUCAUUGCAGGGGGUGACACGGAGGGAAACUUUGGACUGAGCGUUUCGGGAGUUCUGCGGAUAAAAAAGGAUCAAGAUCGGGAGGAAAUCCCAGUGUACUCCAUCAUCGUCAAAGCCUCCAGCAACAGGAACUGGUCACCGCCCAGAGGUCAGAGGUCGCUGCGGAACCGCAUGGCGCUCGACCCCAGCCGCGACCCGACUCUUCAGGAAAUCAGGAUCUACCUCGAGGACAUUAACGAUCAGCCUCCGAGAUUCACCAAGCUGGAGUACACUGCAGGUGUGGCCGCGGAUGCUAAAGUCGGUUCUGAUCUGAUCCGGGUGCAAGCCAUCGAUAACGAUGUCGGCAAUAACAGCCUCGUUCUGUAUCACAUUCUGUCCAUCCGCUACAUCAAACUACAGUCCAACGAGUCCAAGGACAUCGGCAACGUCUUCAUCAUCGGUGAGACCACUGGAAUAAUCCGAACGUUUGACCUCUUUACCGCUUACGACCCGGGCUAUUUUGUGUUGGAGGUGUUGGCACGGGACCUGGCAGGGCACAGCGAUAUGGCACUGGUUGGCAUCUACAUUCUGAGAAACGAUCAGAGGGUGAAGCUCAUAAUCAACGAAAUCCCUGAACGUGUCUGGUUGUUCCAGGAGGAGCUGAUCAACCUGCUCUCCAACAUCACGGGAGCUAUAGUCAACAUGGAUGAUGUACAGUUUCAUGUGGAUAAAAAGGGGCGAGUGAACUUUGCGCAAACCGACGUCCUGAUUCAUGUUGUCAACAAGCAGACCAACCGCAUCCUGGACGUCGAAAAGGUUAUUCAGAUGAUCGACGAGAACAAGGAACAGCUGAGAAAUCUGUUUAGGAACUACAAUGUUCUGGAUGUACAACCUGCCGUGAGUGGACGAGCUCCUGAUGACCUCACUACCCUGCAGAUGGCUAUAAUAAUCCUGGCUGUGCUGCUGUUUCUAGCGGCCAUGUUGUUUAUCUUCAUGAACUGGUAUUACAGAACAGUCCACAAGAGGAAGCUAAAAGCCAUUGUUGCUGGUUCUACAGGCAACCAGGGAAUGAUGGACAUCCUAGAUAUGCCCAACACCAACAAAUACUCGUUUGAAGGAGCAAAUCCUGUAUGGCUGGAUCCAUUCUGCAGAAACCUAGAGCUGGCCACCAAGGCUGAGCAUGAAGACAACCUGCCCGAGGACCUGAGUGACAUUACUGACCUGUGGAACAGCCCUGCUCGCACACACGGUACGUUUGGUCGUGAGCCUAAAGCCUCAAAACCAGAGGACGACUGCUACCUCAGAGCUGCCAUUCAGGAAUACGAUAACAUUGCCAAGCUGGGCCAAAUCAUGCGAGAAGGACCCAUUAAGGGCUCGCUGCUCAACGUGGUUCUUGAUGAUUAUCUCAGACUCAAAAAACUCUUCGCUGCCCGUCUGGUCACCAAGUCAACCAGCCAAGACCAGUCGUCCAUCACUGAGCUGGUCCAGAGCGACCUCGACGACGACGACGACGAACGGAUGAGCAUCGGAGGCCGAGGAACGCUCCGUUUCAAGCACAAGCACCCAGUAGAGUUACGCGGCCCAGACGGAGUCCACGUGGUCCAUGGCAGCACGGGCACACUGCUAAAUUCUGACCUCAACAGCUUGCCUGAGGAUGACCAGCGGGUGCUCGCACGCUCUCUGGAGGCGCUGCAUGCUGACGGCAUGCUGUAUGCCGAAAGAAACGCUCGCACCGAGUCGGCCAAAUCUACGCCGCUACACCACAACAAGGGCAGCAACUCGCUCUCAGACAGCCCGCUGGAAAUCACAGAGCUAUGACUAGCCGAGGCCUCGCUGGUCUGAGUGGACAUUCCCAAAGACCGGUGCUUUGCAGUCUUCGUGACUUGUCCUUCAGCUGAAGGAUGUUAUUAGAUGGCAUGGAUGAUCCAUGAGUUUGGAGUUUGAGACGUGCAAGUGUGUAUGGAGUCAAAUGAAAGGAAUGGGCAGUCUCAGGAAACAUCUGGAAAAUGAUUACAUUCGUUUUGUUUUAAUUCCUUCAAUUAUAAAGUCACCAAAUACCAAAAAAAUAUUGCAGGCCUUAUUUUUGUGGUGCCAACCAAAAAGUGUUGGAGACGAAAACCAAGACAACAAAAUAGCUGAAGACACUUUGAGCUAAAAAUGUUAAUUGGUAUUUAAUUCUGA